UCUCAUGAAUAUUACAAUCGCCGGUUUGUACACACUUAUAUUCAAGUUCACAUUACAGAUAUUUCCUUCUGCACACACAGCCCGGCUCCAGGCAGACUUAUAACAGGCUCACUCAACAACAGCACAUUCAAAAUGUCCGAGAAGCUUCCGUUCAAAGUUGCUGAUAUCAGCCUGGCCGAAUGGGGGCGCAAAGCCAUCGAUAUAGCCGAGAAUGAGAUGCCUGGUCUGAUGAAAAUGAGGGAGCUCUACGGCAAGUCUAAACCACUGAAAGGCGCACGGAUCGCGGGCUGCCUUCACAUGACCCUUCAGACCGCCGUGCUCAUUGAAACCCUUAUUGCCCUGGGAGCUGAGGUCCAGUGGUCCAGCUGUAACAUAUUUUCCACCCAGGAUCACGCAGCGGCAGCCAUCGCCAAAGCCGGCAUUCCAGUUUAUGCCUGGAAGGGCGAAACCGACGAUGAAUACAUCUGGUGCAUUGAGCAGACCAUCUACUUCAAAGACGGUCAGCCCCUCAACAUGAUCCUUGAUGAUGGUGGAGAUCUCACCAACCUGGUGCAUCAGAAAUAUCCCAAACUGCUUGCAGGGAUCAAGGGCGUCUCUGAAGAGACGACAACAGGAGUUCACAACCUCUACAAGAUGUUGAAGAAAGGAGAACUUAAAGUUCCAGCUAUCAAUGUCAAUGACUCUGUUACCAAGAGCAAGUUUGACAACCUGUACGGCUGCCGGGAGUCUCUGAUUGACGGCAUCAAGAGGGCCACGGAUGUGAUGAUAGCGGGUAAGGUGGCAGUAGUCGCCGGAUACGGAGAUGUCGGGAAGGGGUGCGUUCAGGCUCUCCGGGGAUUCGGCGCCCGUGUCAUUGUCACAGAGAUCGAUCCCAUCAAUGCUCUUCAAGCAGCUAUGGAGGGCUAUGAGGUGACCACCAUGGAUGAAGCCUGCAAGGAGGGAAACAUCUUCGUGACGACCACUGGCUGUGAGGACAUUCUGCUCGGCAGACACUUUGAGCAAAUGAAGGAUGACUCUAUCGUCUGCAACAUUGGCCACUUUGACUGUGAGAUUGACGUGAAAUGGCUGAAUGAGAACGCAGCUGAGAAGAUCAACAUCAAACCUCAGGUGGAUCGCUACCGCAUGAAAAAUGGCCGUCACAUCAUUGUUUUGGCUGAGGGGCGUCUGGUAAACCUGGGCUGUGCCAUGGGCCAUCCAAGCUUUGUAAUGAGCAACUCCUUCACCAAUCAGGUCCUUGCCCAGAUUGAGCUGUGGACCAACACUAGUAAAUACCCACUGGGUGUCUACUUCCUACCUAAAAAGCUGGAUGAAGAGGUGGCUGCGGCCCACCUGGACAAACUCGGCGUCAAGCUGACCAAACUGACAGAGAAGCAAGCCAAAUACUUGGGUCUGCCAUCCGAAGGUCCCUUCAAACCUGACCACUAUCGCUACUGAGUAGCUUUGACCAAUCACGGCUUCAGUUACGGGUGUAGAAGAGACUAUACGAUCGGUUCGCGCACCAAUCACCAAAGUUGUGCCAGUUACCAGUAUUGUUUUCAAUAUGUCUCUCAAUUUCACCAUGAGCGUCUUUGAGUUUGCAAACGCCUUUCUCUUCAUCAAUAUCAAAAGUAUUGUCAGUAUUGUUUGCAUUCCCUGUUUUACUAUACGGUUAAGCUAAAAACUAAAUUCGGCCAGUAGGCUUGUAAUUAGGUGUCUCUUUUCAUAUGCAUAACUUGUUACCAUGGAAAUUAAAUUCAUAUACUCUGUUCAUUGAUGCUUUUUUCCAAAGCGAUUUCAGAUUCUCCAUAAACUUGCAUACUUUUGUAAACCCAUUAAAGAGUGAAAAUUAUGGAAAACUGUAAUUGUUUCACUGACCUGUUAACUGUUAAGUGAGUCUGGAUAAGCUUGUCUUAAUUUAUGUUGCAUCUGCUUAUUAAGACCUGAUGAAAUAAAUGUGCUCUUUCAAUUCAA